CGCGACACUUGAGCUCCGAGCAGUGCUAUUUGCACGGAAAGGGGCGAAAUUUGGGCAGGAUCCAGCCAGGGGCCAGAGCCGGGUGCCCGCCGCGCGGAUUACACUGGGCUACAUGGGGGGGAAGCCCCCUCUGGGGGUCGCAGCCUCGAAGCGCCUCUUUCUCCGCGGAGGCGGCGCGGGGCUGCGGAGUGCCAAAGGCGGCGGAUUCCGGCGGGCUCCAGCUUUGCCCGUUGUCCGCGGCGAGGGGCUUUUUUUGUUUUUGUUUUUUGGGGUUGUUGGAAGGCGCCUGUCUCCCCAGUCCUGAUUUGCUGGGCGAUCGCGGAGGGCUCGUCCUGGGCUGGGCUGCUGACGCGUGGCGGCGGCGGCACGUCCCUCUGACGCGUCGGACCCAGACCUGGACCCAGCAGAGACCCGGGCUCCAGCUCGCCGCCGCCGCUGCUGCUGCGCCGGUUUGCCACGAAUAAUCAACCAUGACUACAGAAUCGGGAUCAGACUCUGAAUCCAAGGAUCAAGACCAAGACCAGCAAGAAGCCCCUGCCCAGCAAGGGACAGCUGGGGCACAACCUCAAAACCAGCAGCAGCAGCAGCUCAGUGAGGAACAUCAGAACGCGAUAGACCAGUUCUCUGCUGUGGCAGCACACAGUACGCCUGUGAAAAAAGAGCAGGUCACUGACAGAGAACGGGAGUUUGCUGCUGCUGCUGCAAAGCAGCUGGAAUACCAGCAGUUUGAAGACGACAAACUCUCUCAAAAAUCAUCAUCUAGCAAACUCUCCAGAUCUCCUCUAAAGAUUGUUAAAAAGCCUAAAAACAUGCAGUGCAAAGUGACACUCCUGGAUGGCUCUGAAUAUGGAUGUGAAGUGGAGAAACGUUCUAGAGGUCAAAUAUUGUUUGACAAAGUAUGUGAGCAUCUGAAUCUUUUGGAAAAAGACUACUUUGGGCUAACAUACAGAGACAUGGAAAACCAAAAGAACUGGUUGGACCCUGCAAAGGAAAUCAAAAAGCAGAUCCGAAGUGGUGCUUGGCAGUUCUCCUUUAAUGUGAAAUUUUACCCUCCAGAUCCUUCCCAGCUGUCUGAAGAUAUUACCAGGUACUACCUCUGCUUGCAGCUAAGAGAUGACAUAGUGUCUGGACGGCUGCCUUGUUCUUUUGUUACUCUUGCUCUUUUGGGGUCCUAUACUGUUCAGUCAGAACUUGGAGAUUAUGAUCCUGAUGAAUAUGGAAGUGACUAUGUCAGUGAAUUCCGGUUUGCACCAAAUCAUACUAAAGAACUGGAAGACAAAGUAAUCGAGCUGCACAAGAGCCACAGGGGAAUGACACCUGCAGAGGCUGAGAUGCAUUUCUUGGAGAAUGCCAAAAAACUAUCCAUGUAUGGAGUGGAUCUACAUCAUGCCAAGGAUUCUGAAGGAGUUGAAAUCAUGUUAGGGGUUUGUGCCAGUGGUCUCUUAAUAUAUCGAGACAGACUCAGGAUAAAUAGAUUUGCUUGGCCAAAGGUUCUGAAAAUUUCAUACAAGAGGAACAAUUUCUACAUCAAAAUCCGACCAGGAGAGUUUGAACAGUUUGAAAGCACUAUUGGGUUUAAGUUGCCAAAUCAUCGUGCUGCAAAGCGUUUAUGGAAAGUAUGUGUUGAACACCACACAUUUUUCAGGCUGUUGUUACCAGAGGCACCACCAAAGAAAUUCCUUACACUGGGUUCCAAAUUCCGCUACAGUGGAAGAACACAAGCCCAAACCAGACGAGCCAGUGCACUAAUAGACCGUCCUGCACCUUACUUUGAGCGUUCUUCCAGCAAACGUUAUACUAUGUCUCGCAGCUUAGAUGGGGAGGUUGGUACUGGCCAGUACGCCACAACAAAGGGCAUCUCUCAAACCAACUUGAUAACCACUGUGACUCCAGAGAAGAAAGCAGAGGAAGAAAGAGAUGAGGAAGAGGGCAAAAAAAAAGGAGAGGAAAUCACUCCAGUCUCUGCAAUACGCCAUGACACAAAGUCAUCUUUGCUUGGCACUGACUCAUUUCAUUCCUCAUCAACCUCACAGUCUGGUCCCCCUGUAUUUUCAACAAAGCUUCAUAGAAGAUGUAAGGAGAAUGCUCAAAAUCCAUUAAGUUAUGAGUCAUCUAAAGACAUUAUGCAAAUGCACAGUGAGUCUGACUUGGACUCUGAUAGAAAAGGAAGAGUUUGCUCUGAUGAACAAGACAUGGCUUUUAGCUAUAAGCAAAAAGCUGGUAACGGUGGAACACUGUUUUCCUUCUCCUUGCAACUUCCAGAGUCAUUUCCUGCUCUCCUGGAUGAUGACGGCUACCUUUCCUUCCCUAACCUCUCUGAAACCAACUUCCUGCCUGAAAGUGUGCAGCAUUACCUUCCCAUCCGAUCACCAUCCCUUGUGCCUUGUUUCCUUUUCAUCUUUUUCUUUCUGCUAUCUGCCUCAUUCUCAGUGCCAUAUGCUCUCACUCUCUCCUUUCCUCUGGCUAUGUGCCUCUGCUACCUGGAGCCCAAGGCGGCCUCCUUGAGUGCCUCACUUGACAAUGACCUGAGUGACAGUUCAGAGGAAGAGACUGACAGUGAACAGACGGAUACUGCAGCUGAUGGUGAAACCACUGCCACAGAGUCGGAUCAAGAGGAAGAUGGAGAUCUCAAAGCACAGAAUAGUCUGAUUAAGCGAAUAAAGGGUGAAAAUGUGUAUGUCAAACAUAGUAAUCUUAUGUUAGAGGAGCUAGACAAAAAUCAAGAAGACCUGAUGAAACACCAGACAAAUAUAAGUGAACUGAAACGAACCUUCUUGGAAACUUCCACAGACACUACAGUGUCUAACGAAUGGGAGAAGAGGCUUUCAACAUCUCCAGUUCGGCUUGCUACAAGACAGGAGGAAGCUCCUAUGAUUGAACCACUUGUGCCUGAAGAGACCAAAGAAGAAAAAGAAAAAUAUGAAAAACUUAUAUUUUUGCAGAAGGGAAGUACUACAUUCCUGGAGUCCCAGCCAAGGGAGAUAGAGAAGAAGCUGCAGGAAGGAGAAUCUGCUGGCACUGUUACUUCUCAUCAAAUCAUUUUCCAGAAAACUGUCCCAUCAUCCUUAGAGGGCACUGAGGAUUGGGUUAUUUUAGACAAAAUACCUACUGAGGUAGUUGAUGGUGAAUCGAAAAAAAUUGUGACAUACAAAGUAAUGACUGGGAGCAGUAAAACUGGUGACAUUCCACCUGAGCUAUUAAAAUCCAGUACCAUUGAAAUGCAAAGCUUUGAGGACUUGGAAAAUGAAAUACAAUCAAAAGAGGAGAAUAAACAGAAAAUGUACACCUUAGGAAAGUCCUAUGACACUGUAUCUGGGAAAAUUGUAACCAUGACAAGUAAAGCUAAAGAGGGAGAGAAAACAGUACAGACAUCACUAGAAGCAUUUCAAAAAAUGGAGAGGGGAAUGCCAGAAUCUGUGAAAAUCAUUCCAGUAGUGGCUGAAUAUGAAAUUCUAGAGCCCAUCACUGACGAAAAAGCCAGGAGGGGAUCCGAUGUACAGAGUACAAAAAGAAAGCUGUCUGAAUCUUUGACACCCAUAAAGGAAGCAGAGUCUCAGUUGCAUAGUCCUGAAGAGGAAAGUUUGAAGAAAGCACAAAAGAUGGACCAGGAUUUUCAUGGUACACUGGGAAGCUUGCAGUUUGGCAGAGCUGAAAAACACCUUGACAGUGAAGCUCUGAAAGCAGGGGCAUUUUGUCGGAAAGAUAAGAGCCUGUCUGAGUGGAGAUAUUCCAGAGAACAGCCAUUUACCAUUGCUACUGCUCACUAUGUUACUGAAUCGUCUGCAUCAAGAGUAGUGACUAAACAGUCCUCCAGUGAAAAAACCUUGGAUGGUUCAGAUAUCUUCAGUUUAUUAGAGUCUGCAAGAAAACCAACUGAGUUCAUAGGAGAGGUUACUUCUACUUCACAUAGCAGGGCUCAGAGAACAGAAACAAAGACAGGCCAGGAGAUAAGUGCCAGCGAAAUGAAGGAAGAGAUUCGGCCACAUCAGGAUGCAGUGAAGAAGGUUGUGCAGGAGACUAUAUUGGUAGAGGAGAGACAUGUGACGAAUGUGCAUGCAAGUGGGGAUGCUGUUAAAUUGCCUGGAGAUCAGCAGGAUGCUAUGGCACAGGCAGUAUCUGCUGUUGCUUCUAGUAUGAAAGGAAAGGAGGGUUCUGCUGUGACUGAGGGGGCGAAAGAGAAAAAAAGGGAGGAGGCUGAUAAAGCUGUAACCAAACAGGAAGAAAUUGCUGCUGCUUCUCAUCAGCAAGAGGAGGAGCAGAGUGCAACAGUCCACGUUUCUGAUACAUUGGAAAGAAAACCUCAUUUUGAGCAGUCACCAGUUGUGAAGACUGAAACCAUCAGCUUUGGCAGUGUUUCUACAGGUGGGGAGAAGCUUGAAAUUUCUACCAAGGAUGUUCCCAUAGUUCAUACAGAAACAAAAACCAUUACAUAUGAAUCAUCACAGGCGGAUUCUGGUGCUGACUCAGAGCCAGGGGUAUUGAUGAGUGCACAAACCAUCACAUCUGAAACUACCAGUACUACAACUACUACACAUAUCACCAAAACUGUGAAAGGAGGCAUUUCAGAGACAAGAAUUGAAAAACGAAUAGUCAUCACAGGAGAUGCAGAUAUUGACCAUGAUCAGGCGCUGGCUCAGGCAAUUAAAGAGGCCAAAGAGCAGCACCCUGACAUGUCAGUGACCAAAGUAGUGGUACAUAAAGAGACAGAAAUCACACCAGAAGAUGGGGAGGAUUGACCCACAGGAAUAAUUUAGCUUGCAUACGAAUCCAGUCAUGCACAUCCUUAGGAAUACCAGAGCCUAUAUGGAGUUUCAGUUCUAACCUGACUGACUUGUAUCUGUCCAUGGAAAAUUUCAGUACCGAAGAAUUGAUCUUAAAUGCUAAUGAAGACACUGGCAGAGAUAUUUUCCCAUAUAAAGCAAUCUGAAUCAGCAUCAGUGAAACAAUAUUGCAUGAAGCAACGAUAAAUUUACAGAAAAGCAGCAUUUUUAAUUUUCAUUAUAUCUAAGUUUUCAGCUAUACCUGCACGUUCAUAAACAAUAUAAACAGUGAUCUAAUGUAACACAUAAACAGUUCAUGCCUUUCACAUUUUAUUAAAUCUAAACAUUAAAAUUUGUUAGGUGGCAAACCUUUUGUUUAUGGAUACUGUAUAUGAAGAUUACCCUAAACUGCUAGAAGCUGUAUAGGUACUGUGUAUAAUGUUUUAUCACACAUUAGAUGUGCCAAUAACACAGUUUAUUCAGGAAACAAUUUGAAUCUUGUAUUUGUUUUAUCUGGUUUUAUUACUAUUGCCUGAUUUAAAAAAAAUGAUGAAUCUGUAAUCUUAUCAAAAUAUUUAAAUUCUUACAAAAUGUGCUUUGCAUACCUGAUUUAAUACCUUGUGAGGUAGUAAAGAUUUCAGCACAUUUACUUGACUUUAAGAUUUUUUGUCAGCAUUGUUCAGAGUUUAAGUCAGAAAGUUUCCAGUCACCCUUCAGAAGUUCUAACCCUGUAAAUUAUAUGUAGUUAUUUUGGAGAAAGUCUGUAUUUUCCUUAGUUUAUAGUGUUACAAAAUUAUUACUCUGAAAUAACCUUGAUGGUUUUUUAUUGACUUCCUUUUUGUUCUCAGAGAAAAAAAUGUUUCAUUUCAGAAUCUGGUCAGCAGCAUUUACUAUCUAGUUAAGAGCCAAGCCUUAAACUGUACAGAACAUCCACUGAAAACUCAUUAGUAUUCCAUUAUAAUAUCCAUUGCAGGGUUAUAGUCUCCAUUACACUCUCAGCUGCGUCACAACACAUGGUGAAUGUAUGUUUCUGCAUAGUGAAAUAAAAGUGGUAAAUGCAUCCAAAAUUGUAUUGUUUUGUGUCUAAAAGAAUCCAGUGUUUUUUAUAUUCAAAACCCAAGUAAUAUCUGUAUGAUAUCAAAGACUGUAUUCAUCUGCAUAGUAGAUGUGUUCUGUCUUACAGUGGACCACAGUACGCUGUGCAGACAACUGUAGUUUGCAGGGCAGCCUACGGGAUAAUAAUAUGAAAAUGUACUCCUUUGGGUAAAAUGAUAGCGAAGGAAAAAGAACAUUAUGCUUCUUUUUUCUAUCGCUGUGUACUGUUUCAAUUAAGUUAAAUGGAAAUUAUUUGUGUUUGGCUAACAAAAUUAUAAUGAAAAUGUAGCAUUGGCUCAAGAUCUGUUUUCUUUUAUAUUUUUGCUCUGAAUCUUGGAUGAAUUAUCUAUUUAAGAGAAUCCUCAUUUUUCUGUUUGCUAUUGUUUGCUCCUUGACCACACUUUGAUGACAUUCCCUUGGUGAUUUAAGAUGAAUUUGUAGAGGCUAACUCACCCUUCAAUCCAUAAACCCUGGUAGGAUGCAAGAAAUAAAUACAAGUGAAUUUGUGUACACGGGACUCCUUCUCAUUGACUUCAAUGGAGGUGACUUCAGUGGAGGGCAGGAUUUGGCCCACAGAUUUGUUACAAGUAUUUAUUUUCUUCUUUUAGAAAGAAAGGAAAGAGAAUAUAUCAAGAGAAUAAUCUGUAGUUAAUAAUUAAGAAGAAAUCUCCUGAGGCUUUGACUGCUCUACUCUCUCUCUAAAAUGAUGUUUUCAAUCAGCCAUUCUUCAUGUCUUUGUUGUUUUAAGACCUCCCUUUAUGUAACUCCCCUUCUAGCACAUCAGUCAUCUCUCUUCUAUUACCUAAGGAAUAAUGCAAAGAUUGUGUUCUUAUGUCCAUAUUUUUGGAGUUAUCUCUUCCUGACCCUCUUCCUAAUAUAACAGAAUGUGUCUGUAAAUUCUGUUCCUUCCCAGUGAAGAUAGAGUUGGAUUUAUUCCCCCCACCACCACCUUGUCAGCUACAGAGAGAAGAGGUAUCUACCCUGUUUCUCAGCAGACUACAUUCCAGGUUCUUGCUUCUGCAACAGGAGUUUAAAAAUAGACUCUGAAGCCAUAUUGAUCCUCCCUCAGAUGGCCCUUUCCUUGUCAACUAAGAAACAGCAUUAUGUUACCUCAGAGAUGUGAGUGGCUACUAUACUGCCUUCUGUCCAGAGUUACCCUUAGCAUUAUAUUUUAGCAUGGCUUGAGGGAAAUGGACUGUAGUGAUUAUGUACAGUAUGUAUGCUAUCUGAAGAUACUGUAUCUUUGAGGUUAGUCUCCUUAAAAAGCUGGAUAUGGCCUAAGCAUGUACAGAAUAAGAAAAGAUUAGAGUGGAUCAGCAAUGACAUCUCAGGCAUUGUUAGCAGCAGACCUUUGUUUGGGGUAAUUCCUUGGGAUGGUUCCUGGGAAUAAUAGUUUUGAUUUUUGUUAGUGACUCUUUCUUGGGUUGUCUGCCUAAUGCUGUGCCACAUGAAAUAAAAAACACUUUCCUGUUUCUACCA